AGCAUGGAUAUCGCCAUUGUUGCUGCCUUUCUUCUCCCUCCCACAAGAUGAACGCCAAGUUGCUUCUGGGGCUGGCUGCCGCCGCCCGCCUGGUCUCCGCGCAAACCACCGUCACCUCCAUGUUCAUCUAUGAUGCCGAUCCUCAACCCUUGGUGGCAUCUGUCAUGGGCGUUGCCGCAACAGCAACCACCUACUACAUCAACUGUCCUCCGGGAACCGACAGCUCCGACUGCGGCAUGGGGCCCGGAUUGACCGUGAUCGCGGGCCCGCAAACCACCUCCUAUCUAAUGGAGGAGCCUGACGAGGACUUCUACUGGUCGGUUGCGUGUUCUCUGCAAGGAACUACGACGGGUUCCUGCGUUGAAAUGGCUUCAGGGACGGGCGCCAAUUUCCCGGGAACCAGCACCAUCCCCCUGGACACCGACGACAUUGCCAGUGGCUUCAUGCCGGUGACUAUCACCGCGGGGGCGGGCAGCAUCACUGCUUCCGGCACUGCGUCGGCCACAGCUUCGAUCACGGCUACCAGUACCGGUACCGGAGCUUCGACCACCGCCACGACCGCAUCGGCCAGCGACAAGUCUGCGAGUGCUGAUGCUAACAGCACCACUGCGACUUCCGCAGCGUCCGCUGCCUCGACGACUACCAGCACUGGAGCCGGUGCAGUCAUUUCGAACGAUGCCACGCUGAUCUUUGGCGGUGCUGCUGUAGCGGCUCUGGUGGCGGCUGUUUUGUAAACACGGCUGUAUUAUAUCAUUACUGUGUAUCACUAUAUAUAUCAACAUUUAUAUACCAAUCCGUUGGUUCCGCAUC